CUCGCUCUGCCGGCCUCAGAGGCGCAAUCGCCGCGACCCCGCCCUCCGGGCGCCGGCCCAGAAAGGUAGAUGACUCUGCGGGUGGUGAGCAGGCCUACUGAGAAGAAUGACUGAAGGUCCACCUGGAAUUCAUUGUGCAGAAGUUCUGGGUGAAUCGGAGGUUGCUUUCUCGGAAGAUGUUGCCUCCCUCACUCCACCCCUAGAAAACAGAGAGAUCCCAGGAUCCCAGAAUCGUGCAGCUUAGUGCUCCAACCUCCCACUCAAGAGUCCUCUGAUCCAGUGACCCCAUGUCCCUGGACAGGUUACCCCAUCACCUCACAGCCAGGAAGUGGCCUGGGAGAUCUUGGGACUACAUCCUGGCUGGCAUGGAAAGGAGUAGAGUCUUCUGGUAGUUGCCCAGAAGGCUGAAAGUACGUCUAUCUGCUUAGUCAUUUCUCUGGAGGAAAGUGUAUCCAAGUUCAACAUCACCAUUCAUUGAGCUCAACAUGCAGACUGAGCCUGACUUAACUGGCUACUUGUACAGUGACCUGUGAGCCAAGAAAUAUCUUUGAAGACUGUAUUUAUAUUAAAAUGUCACCAUGGGAAGCGCCAUCACCCCUCCCCCCAUGUAAAAAUCUUACUUUUUUUCCCCAACAAUUUAUGAUAAGGAUUGUCAAACAUACAGCCAAGUUGAAAGAAUUAUACAGUAAACACCCACACACCCACCACCUAGAUUCCACUAUUGACAGUUUGCCAUUCUUGCUUUAUCACAUAUCUAUCCACCUCCUAGUACCUUACUCUUAACCUUAAGUAACUGGUGACAUUCAGCUUCCCUGGAGCCAUAUUUCCGUCUCUUAGCUCAGGGAGGGGUGGUGUGGUGAAUGUAGGUGGUGGUGAUUUUCCAUAACUUUGAACAAACACCCACUUUGUGCAGAGCACUGGGAGAUGCAGAGGAAAUGAAGAGGCCGAAGACUCAGGCUGACCAGAAAGGGCUUUGAGUUUUUUGUUUUUAAGAGAUAGAAGAUAAGUGGCAGCUUGUGAGAGCAAAUGGCAAGUAAUAAAAUGAUUUCAGUAACACUCAUUGAGUUCUUGCUGGGUACUGGGCACUUUAUUGUAACUCUGUGCCUGUGUUAUCUCAUUCAGUUCUCACAACAGCCACAUAACUGGGUUAGUCUUCCUUUCGUCUUUUUACAGAUUAGGAAAUCGAGGCACAGAGAGGUUAGUAGUGGGCUUUUGUUCAUGCUAGAAAGUGGUGGGGCUGGGAUGGUGUGGGUCCGGCGUGGUUCUGGGCACUCUUAGUCACGGCGUAGAUGCCGCAGGGGGGAGAGUGGACCCUCAGGCCUGCCCAGGGAGGAGUGGAGGGGCAUCUGGGGGUGCCACAGCUCUUCCAGGGGUCCCAUCUCAGGCACCCGGAUACAGAUGCCAGUUUUCAAAUGGCUUCAGAAGGCUAGCGUCCUGACUUCCCGUGUGUUUGACCUGGGCGUUGGGGCCCCGGGUGGAGGGAUCAAGCUCCUCCACUCUGCCAGUCAGGCUCCCCCCCACACCCCCAUCGUCUUCCUCCACUUCCUGUUCUGGGUGUUUCCCAAAGCUGGUGCCUGCUCCACUUCCCUGCUUCCUGUUCUGUAUCCUUCAGUCACUUCCUUCCCCGCCCGCGCUCUUUCUUCUCCGGUGUUUGUAAGACACACUUUUUUCCGAAAGAGCCUCAUUGCUCGCAGCAGAUGCUCCUGUUUCCAGACGCGUUCCAUCGUCCACGUUGUCAUUCCAGUCGUCACGCUUUCUGCAGCGCCCUGGUGCCCCUGGCAGGUCUCGGGAGCAGAAUAGCCUGGCCCCGGCCUCGAGGCGCCCAGGCUCUGUCUCCCCGUAGCUCUGGUUUCCGAACCAGACAAGCCGUGUCUCGCCCUGGGGCAGUGAUGGGUCUUGGAUGUGGGAGCCGCCCUGUCCGGCAGAGCUGCGCACUGGGAUUCCCUGCACUGCCCUCGUCCAGCUGCUCUGUUUUGCUGCCGUGGGCCUGGCCACCUGGCCCUGCCACGCCUCUAGGAGUUACGUCCCAGCAGCACUGUCAGCCCUGGGGUUGGGAGGGUCAGCGGUAGAGCAUAGCCGUGACUCUGCCCACCCCCCGCAAAUAAGAAAGGAAGAGGAGAGAAGAAGGAACCGGAGUGGAGAAUGGCAGGAGAGGGGUCGGGGAAGAGAGGAAGGUGGUCGCACAAGGAGGGUAGAGACAGGCCCCUCCCAUCCCUGCCACGCACACAGCCACAGAGCUCCUGCGCGACCAUGCAGGGCGCUCGGGGGAUGGGGGGGGCGGUGCCGGGCCUGUGGGGACGCCCCACGAAUGCACAGAGGAAGGUCACAGGGGGACCAGCACGAGGGGGUCCCUCUCCACUGUGGGGCAGAGGCCUCCCUGGGAGGCAGCAGGACGCGUGUAGGUUUGGGAUUCAUUAAAUCUACAACUUUUCACUUACUCUUUAGACAAGAAAGAUCUGAACGAACUCUGACCAGAUAAUAACAACAUUCAUUAAAUUGGGGGCAGUGGGUAUUUGGAUGUUACACGUUUUGUCCUCUGGACUUUUUUGUGUGUUUGGAAAAAAAUCCCCAUCACAAGAAGGGCGAAAGGCAGAGAAGAGAAAAGGGCCCUGGACUGCAGCUGGGCUCUGCCCCUGCUUUGCGGGGGGCCGCUCAGCCCCCUACGGCAGGAGAUGGUCACGGCCCGGGCUUCCUGCCUGGCCCGGCUGGCCCCGGGCCGGGAGCGGCUGUGGGUGCUGACCCUCGCCCUCCCGCCGCUGUUUUCCCGCAGCGCCGCGGCCAUGCCCAGCUCGGAGCUGUGGGCGGUGGAUCUCUUCGGGAGGGUGUUCACGCUGUCCACGGCCGGGCGGCACUGGGAGCUGUGCAGGGACGCCCAGCUGGAGUUCAAGCGGGUCAGUGCGGCCGCGCCGUGCUGCUGGGGCAUCGCCUGCGACAACCAGGUGUACGUGCACGUGGGCGCCAGCGACGUCCCCAUCCGCUGCCGGGAGGAGGCCUAUGAGAAUCAGCGCUGGAACCCCGUGGGCGGCUUCUGUGAGACGCUCCUGCCGAGUGACCGCUGGCCGUGGAGUGACGUGAGUGGGCUCCAGCACCGGCCGCUGGAUGGGGUGGCGCUGCCCUCGCCGCAUUGGGAGUGGGAGUCGGACUGGUACGUGGAUGAGAAUUUUGGAGGGGAACCCACAGAGAAAGGGGGGUGGACAUAUGCCAUUGACUUCCCCGCCACGUACACGAGGGACAAGAAGUGGAACUCCUGUGUGCGGCGCCGGCGGUGGACCCGGUACAGGAGAUACAAGUCCCGGGACACCUGGGCCAAGAUCCCGUCGGAGGAUGACCCCCAGCGGUUGCCUGACCCCUUCAGCGACAUCUCUGUGGGGGGUUGGGAGAUCACAGACGAGCCCGUGGGCCGCCUGUCCGUGUGGGCCGUGUCUCUGCAGGGGAAGGUGUGGUACAGAGAGGACGUCAGCCACGCCAACCCCGAAGGCUCGUCGUGGUCCCUGGUGGACACCCCGGGGGAGGCGGUUCAGAUCAGCUGUGGGCCCCACGACCUGCUGUGGGUGUCGCUCUGGGAGGGACAGGCCUUGGUCCGGGAAGGAAUCAACAGGAACAAUCCCAAAGGAAGUUCGUGGUCUGUGGUGGAGCCUCCCACGUCUGAAAACGGGAUCCUGCACGUCUCCGCAGGAGUCGGUGUCGUCUGGGCCGUCACCAAGGACCGUAAGGUUUGGUUCCGAAGAGGCGUCAACUCUCACAACCCCUGCGGCACGAGCUGGAUCGAGAUGGUUGGAGAAAUGAUGAUGGUGAAUGUGGGGCUAAACGACCAGGUCUGGGGCAUCGGCUGGGCAGACCGGGCCUUGUACUUCCGUCAUGGCGUCACCCAGAGCGAGCUCAGCGGGAAGACGUGGAAGGCCAUCGUCGCCGGCCGGGAGUGUGACGGCUCACACUCGGGCAGCUUGUCCAGCCUCCUCAGCGCCGGCUGCUUCUUUGGCGACGAGGUGAGGGGUGGUGGUGAGUCCCGUGUGCCAAGCGACUCGGAAGCCAAGAGACCGGGGCCUGACCCUGAGCAUGACGUGGAGGUCGCCGGCCCUGCCUCCGCCCCGGCCGAGCUGCCCUGGACCAACAUCGACCUGAAGGAGCCCAAGAAAGGGCCCAGCCACGCGGCCGCCGACUUUCCCGAGGCCACCAACCUCUCCUCACUGCCACUUCUCCCGCUGGGCCUGGAGGACCCCGACAGUGCCAACUGCCACGCGCUGUGGGCCUGGGUGUCCGGAGGAGGCUGUGCCGUGGAGGCCCACACCACACUCAAAUGGUUCACCGUCCACUCGGGCCUGUCCGCCUCCAUGCAGAUGCUCUCGCUGUCCAUCACGCCGGCCCAGACUGCCGCCUGGCGGAAGCAGAUCUUCCAGCAGCUCACAGAAAGGACCAAGCGGGAGCUGGAGAACUUCCGACACUACGAGCAGGCCGUGGAGCAGUCGGUGUGGGUGAAGACGGGGGCCCUGCAGUGGUGGUGCGACUGGAAACCCCACAAGUGGGUGGAUGUCCGUGUGGCCCUGGAACAGUUCACGGGCCACGAUGGGGUUCGGGACAGCAUCCUUUUCAUCUACUACGUGGUCCAUGAGGAGAAGAAGUACAUCCACGUGUUCCUCAACGAGGUGACGGCGCUGGUCCCCGUGCUCAGUGAGGCCAAGCACUCCUUCGCCGUGUACACCCCCGAGAGGACACGGCAGAGGUGGCCUGUGCGCCUGGCCGCUGCCACCGAGCAGGACAUGAGCGACUGGCUCGCCCUGCUCGACCUGUCCUGCUGCGAGAGCCGCAGGGUGCACGGCCGCCCCUCCCCGCAGGCCAUCUGGUCUGUCACCUGCAAGGGGGACAUCUUCGUGAGCGAGCCCAGCCCAGACCUCGAGGCCCCCGAGGGCUGGCUGCCCUGUGACCAGAUGUUCUGGCGGCAAAUGGGAGGCCACCUGCGGGUGGUGGAGGCCAACAGCCGGGGCGUGGUGUGGGGCAUCGGCUACGACCACACGGCCUGGGUGUACACGGGUGGCUACGGCGGAGGCUGCUUCCAAGGCCUGGCCAGCAGUACCAGCAACAUCUACACGCAGUCGGACGUAAAGUGUGUCUACAUCUACGAGAACCAGCGCUGGAACCCCGUCACGGGCUACACCAGCAGGGGUCUGCCCACCGACCGGUACAUGUGGAGUGACGCCACAGGCCUGCAGGAGUGCACCAAGGCCAGCACAAAGCCCCCGUCCCUGCAGUGGGCCUGGGUUUCUGACUGGUUCGUGGAUUUCAGCGUCCCUGGGGGCACGGACCAGGAGGGGUGGCAGUACGCCAGCGACUUCCCUGCCUUGUACCACGGGCACAAAACCAUGAAGGAUUUCGUCAGGAGAAGGUGCUGGACCAGAAAGUGCAAGCUAGUGACCAGCGGGCCCUGGCUGGAGGUGGCCCCCAUCGCCCUGGGGGACGUGUCCAUCAUUCCGGAGAGCCCGGGUGCCCACGGGAGCGGGCCCGGCAUCGCGCUCUGGGCCGUCAGUGACAAGGGGGACGUGUUGUGCCGUCUGGGCGUGUCCGAGCUCAACCCCGCGGGCUCCUCCUGGCUGCAUGUGGGCACCGACCAGCCCUUCGCCUCCGUCUCCGUCGGGGGCUGCUACCAGGUGUGGGCCGUGGCCAGGGACGGUUCCGCCUUCUACCGUGGCUCCGUGUCCCCGUCCAAGCCGGCUGGCGACUGCUGGUACCUCAUCCCAUCUCCUCCCAAACAGAGAUUGAAACAGGUGUCUGUGGGGCACACAGCGGUGUUCGCCUUGGACGAAAACGGGAACCUGUGGUACCGCCAGGGGGUCACACCCAGCUACCCGCAGGGCACCAGCUGGGAACACGUGUCCAACAACGUGCGCCACGUGUCCGUGGGGCCCCUGGACCAGGUCUGGGUCAUCGCCAACAAAGUCCAGGGCAGCCACAGCCUGAGCCGGGGAACUGUGUGUCGCCGCACGGGUGUGCAGCCCCUGGAGCCCAAGGGGCAGGGCUGGGACUAUGGCAUCGGGGGGGGCUGGGAUCACCUGUCCGUCCGGGCCAGUGCCACCAGGGCCCCCAGGAGCUCGUCCCAGGAGACAGCCGGCAAGUGGAGAAGGGAGCAGGGCCUCCCCAGUGGGCCCUCGGAGGUGGCCGGUGCCCCACAGGAGACCCCCAAUCCCGUCUGCUGCUGAGGCCGCUUCCCCUCACCUGGAGCAGGUGUGAUGCUGGGUUUGAAGGACCAAGGUUGAUGCAAGCCUUCCUGUCGGGAGCUGUUCUCGUGCUGAACGUGCUGAAACGUGGAUCCCAGGAGUGGUAUCUCCAGGCCCAGACUCGAGACUGGGGAGGGAACCUGGCCUGAGAUCAUGGCCACCUUGGAGGCACUGAAACAACCCAGAAAUGUGAAGCUCUGUGGACGCUGUGUGUCCCCGGCUGCGAGGAGAACGUGGGGUGUGAGGUGCAGACCCCUUCGCCCCAGCCUCUCCUGCGCGUCCCUUCCCUCUCUGCCUCCUCCCUUUCCAGGACGGGAGCCUGGAGGCUUCCAGGAGCACUGCCCCUGGGGAAGAGAGCCCACGAAGGACCCCUGAGCCCCGGGCAUCCCCAGACGGCGUCAGCCCUGCCCCCUAAAGAAAACUGGCUGUGGGGCUCAGUGUGGCUUCACCUGGACCUGAUCAGUUCUCUGAGCAGGAUUCGCGAAUGGGGUUUCCUUUCAAAAGUUAAGGAAGGAGUUGGAAGUUUGGAAAUAAGUGCUGGGGAGGGGCGUCUUCUUCCCCGGGUGGGCCGGGCCCUCCUGGGGUGGUCGGAGGACGGAGGGGCCGCCCGUGGCUGCGAGAAGCUGUCCAAGUACAGAGUCACCGUCGUCGGUCCUCAGCCAGCCCUUCCUCUGACGGGGCUGGGGACUGGGGGCUCCUUUUACAUCGGAUCAUGUCGCAGGGGGUGGGGAGGGUGGAGACCAGCCGAGAGGGGCCUGGAGGCCUCAGCCUGGAGCAGAGCCCUAGGGAGGCACCCCCCAAGCAGCCCCACUCCCAGCGGGCAGCUUCUCAGCUGCUUUUUUUUUUUUUUAAUCAGAAAAAGGCCCCAUUUGGUUAAGUCUCAAGUUUGCUUCCCACAGCCAGACGCGUUGCCGGGGGUCAUCAGAGCGCGUGUCCCGUCUCUGCUCACUGACUGCCAGCUUCCCCGGCGUUCCCGUCAGGAGGGCUCGGCAGUGCGCUGUUUUGUGGUGCAGUGUUUGCCGCCCAGAAGCUGACUCUAAGGAGGUCUCCCUUGGGCCCCCUCCUGAGGGGCACUGGAGGGGCCACAGGCCUCUGCCUCAUCUCCUGGAGGUGGGACCGGGAGGCGUGAGUCUGGGGGCAGUGCCCAGGCAAAGCAAGUGACGGGCCGGGUGGGCGGCGCCCUCCUGUCUGUUUACACUCGUGGUUGUCAGGUUUCUCCGCGCGGGCAUUACUGUUUCUUCUGUGGCAGCGCCCUGUCGAUCUACUGUGACUCGCUGGUUUCUCCCUGCCCUCUCUCCAGGGCGACCGUGUCCCCUCCUUGCGGAGCGCCGACUGCUGACCUGCUCAGCAUCACCGAACCAUCUCGAGUCCUCGGAUGCUUUAUUCAAUAAAAACUUAGGCCAGACUGUCAA